AGUAACUUUUGGCUGAUUAGCUACAUGCUAUUGACAUGAAAAUCAGAUUCGUGAGAGGCUACUUGAGAGUAAAAUGCAAACGAAUCUGUCCACGUGAAUCAAAAUCAGUCAGAAACUCGAAUGGAUUUCAGUAGCAAAGAAGAUCACGUACAUAACUCGAAUAUGCGUGGUGCAAGUGAUAAAGCUAGAAGCGACAUCGUACAGUCUUCGAGUAGACAUCCAGAGUCUUGACAGAGCUGGUUGAUGAAUGUCUUCGAUGGACGUCCAACUCGAAAACGUUUUCGUCAUCGUCAGCGUACGCCUUGGAUUUGCCAGCGUUCCAUUUAGUUCGGAACAUCCGGGUGCACUGCCCUCGUUCCCGUACUGCUGGUCAGUGUGUCCGCAGACAGCCAGCAGAGGGACAGACGAAGCCGAUCGGGACGAACCCUGGCGGCGAAGAAAGAUCGUACGAUGUCGGUUCUGCGGCAGGGGUUACCGAUCUCGCACGAGUCUGCACGGGCACGAACGCCUGCAUACGGGCGAGCGACCAUACGCGUGCACGCACUGCGAUCGACGCUUCAUCAACCACGCGACGGCGCUGCGGCACGAACGCGUUCACACGGGCGAGCAACCGUUCACCUGCCGCUACUGCGACAUGCGAUUCUCCGAGAAGGCAAACGCGCAGCGACACGAGGCGAAGCGACAUCUGGCGAGCGAUGGUCGAACGAAAUCGCCGUAGAAACGUGCUGUUGCCAUAGCGAUCGAUAGUUUCUUCUCUCGCGCGCGCGUUGCUAACUAACAGUUACUCGGCAGACGUACAUGUAAUACAGCUAACUGACGAAUCAUAGGGAAGCCUAUACAAUCUUAUUACAGCCUGCAAGCUGGUUGAUUGACGGAUUUCUUCUCUGUCUGGCAGUAUACGGGCUUGCUUGCUUAGACCAUACUGCUGAAUGUUGACCAUGUAAUGAGUUUAUAAUGUGGUUAUUUAACAAGUGUGUCUUU